UUCUUUGAUAAGUUCGGCUCUCGAACCGAGUGUUAUUGUAUUGCUGCCCGGCAAGGUUGUUGCGUUUGGAGCAUCUCAUCUACGUUGGUUGGUGGAGUGCACGAAUCGUACCAACGUGAUGGAGCACCUACACUUAGCAGGAGAAGAGGAAGAUGACUAUUCCGGCUUCAAUGAUUACAAUGCAACUCUUGACACAGAUGAUUUAGCUCAUGAUGAGAGUUUCCAGAAGGCUGUGCUGAGAACAAGUCAUGGCCGUCGUCCUCCGACUCAGGCCAAGCUUAGCAUGGGAGCUCCAGGAGCACAAGGCCGCCUAGCCACCGCAGCAAGGGGCCGUUUGGCCAUGCCCUCCUCCAUGGGUCGGCCAGGUAGUGGGAUGGCCGUGCAAGAUGGACAGGCUCGGCCCAUGACAGCAGUAAGAGCCGCUGGCUUCACAUCAGCUGGAAACAGAGCUGGAGCUGGCUUUGAUCCUCUCAACCAGGCAGGCAAAGGCCCAGCUCCUCCUCUAGAGGCAAAGGCAGAGGACAGCCCGGAAGAGAAAAUCCGACAUUUGGAGAAAAAAGUCAACGAGUUAAUAGAAGAGAGCUGUCUUGCCAAUAGCCGUGGGGAACUGCAACUUGCUCUGGACAAGGCUAAGGAGGCAGGCAGGAAAGAAAGGGUCCUGGUGAGGCAAAGAGAACAACUGUCUAUGGGAGAUCAGAUCAACCUUGAUCUCACUUACUCGGUAUUAUUUAACUUGGCCAACCAGUACGUUGCCAAUGAGAUGUACCAUGAGGCCAUCAACACCUACCAAGUGAUUGUCAAGAACAGGAUGUUCAGUAAUGCAGGUCGACUGAAGGUUAAUAUGGGAAAUAUCUACUUCAAGCAGAGGAAUUUUGAGAAGGCCAUUAAAUUCUAUCGCAUGGCUCUGGACCAGGUGCCGAACACCCACAAGGAAAUGAGGACAAAGAUCAUGCAGAACAUUGGCAUCACUUUUGUGAAGAUUGGCCAAUAUAACGACGCUAUCACCUCCUUCGAGCACAUCAUGUCGGAGUCUCCCAACUUUAAGACUGGCUUCAACCUUAUCCUCUGCUACUUUGCCCUGGGUGACCGAGAGAAGAUGAGAGAUGGCUUUGCCAAGCUACUGACUGUUGACUUGAAGAUAGAUGACGAGGACAAGUACCUGGCUCAUGGAGAUGACAAGCAGUACAAUCUGGUUCUGGAAGUGAUCAAGAAUGACUCUCUGAGGCAAAUCGAGAGGGAGAGAAAAUAUGAGGCAGAGAGGUGCAUUAAGUAUGCAGCGAAGAUAAUCUCCCCUGCCAUUGAAACAUCCUUCUCAGAUGGCUAUGACUGGUGCAUAGAGAUGGUGAAGAACUCCCAGUACAUCGACUUGGCCCAUGAUUUGGAAAUCGACAAAGCCAUUAUGUUCCUCAAGCAGAAGAACUUUGCACAGGCUAUUGAGACUCUCAAGUCAUUUGAAAAGAAAGACUCCAAGGUUGCCAGCACAGCAGCCACUAAUCUGUCCUUCCUUUAUUUCCUGGAAACAGACUAUGCCCAAGCUGAUAAGUAUGCGGAGGUGGCAAUGACGGCCGACCGCUACAACCCUUCAGCUUUGGUAAACAAAGGCAACGUUCUGUAUGCGAAGAAUGAUUUUGAGAAGGCACGAGAGUUUUACAAGGAGGCAUUGACCAACGAUAGCUCCUGCGUAGAGGCUCUCUAUAACUUAGGUCUUUGCAACAAGCGUCUGGGUCGCCUGGAGGACUCCAUAGACUGUUUCUACAAGCUUCACGCUAUCCUCCGCAACAGCCCACAGGUCAUGUAUCAGAUUGCUGAUACAUAUGAAAAGUUGGAGGAUUCAGCCCAAGCCACUGAAUGGUUCAUGCAGCUGAUUGGUGUUGUGAGCUCAGACCCCAGCGUACUUUCACGUAUGGGAGAGCUCUACGACAAUGAAGGAGACAAGUCUCAAGCCUUCCAAUAUUAUUUUGAUUCGUAUCGCCAUUUCCCUUCAAACAUUCCAGUGAUUGAGUGGUUGGGAGCCUACUACAUUGACUCUCAGUUCUGUGAAAAGGCCAUUCACUACUUUGAGAGAGCCUCUAUAGUCCAACCAAACCAAGUCAAAUGGCAUCUGAUGAUCGCAAGCUGUUAUCGCAGAAGUGGAAACUACCAGAGAGCCUUAGAGACAUACAAGCAGAUACACAGAAAAUUCCCAGAUAAUGUUGAGUGCCUCAAGUUCCUGGUGCGACUGUGCACAGAUCUGGGCUUGAAUGAUGCUCAAGAGUACGCGACAAAGCUCAAGAAGGCUGAGAAAAACAAAGAGCUGAGAGAACAGAGGGCGACAAGUGCAGGACGCAGAGGCAGCGGCCGACGGAGAGAGGGAAGUGCUGGCAGUGAUUUAGACCGUGAUGGAAGUGCUGGGGGGAGAGCCUCUCACAGGCAACGAGCAAGGCCAAAUUUGAAUGACGGAGAUACUCAAGGACCAUAUCAGUCAAGCCAACCCCAAGAAAUAGAUGCAUCGUACUCAGACCCACUAGGCCCACAAGCAGAACGUCCAAAAACAGCUGCCAGAAGGAAAGACCCACUUGAGGAUGAAUUUGGAGAUGAAGAACUUGGGGAAGACUUGCUACCAGAGUAGGGGACAAAAUGUACUCUCUACCCUGUGCAUGUUUGCAGAUACGUCUAGCAAUGAAAGGAUUUCAAAAUUCAUUCUAUCUUCUUAGCACUGUAAAACUGUUGCAACAAGCUUGAAUAAUUGGAAAACAGAGUGUUUGUAUAAAGUAGACUGAGAUUUCCCAUAAUUUCAAGUGAAUUUAUCCGAUAUCAUUGCUGAUGAAAGGACAGCUUGUGAUAAAUCAGCACUUAUGGUUUACUUUCAUUUGUUUAUUAGGAUACUACUAUUAGUUUGUGUCAGAACGUGAUUUUUAAGAUAGUUCAAGAAAUUUUGCUCUGAUUAUUUAGGAUAAUUUCCUGGUACCAUGUAAUGUAGAUCUCAUUUAUAGCGUAAUGGAUUACUGAAGUUCGCUGUUUGUCACAAGCAUAAUUUGCUGAACCUGAUACAUCAGGUUGCUAUGUUGAAGAAAAUACUGUAGUUGCAGAAUGUUAAUGGGGAUUUCACUUUCUUUUCUAUAGUUUAAGGGUACCGUAUAGCAUCACAAGUAGGACACAUGCAUGGAUAAGGUGCAGGUAGACUUGAGGGCCAAAAUUUUGGUAUAAAUGAUAUCAUGUUCAAUGGAUAAGACAUACCGCUCUUUCAUGGCAAGUACCUUACCUUAAAGCUGCCCAUUUUAUUCAUAGAAAGGCAAAGCAAAAGAGUUAAAAUACUGAUGAAUUUGUAAAAAUUAUAAAUGAAAAUGUUUUGAAAAACUUAAAAUUGUUAAAACUCUGCAUUGUCACUGAUGAAAAGGUUUCUUAUCAUCAUUCAUCUCAAUUGCGUCAUCCUUGUUGUACAAAUAAGUCGCACAGAUUCAUUUAUAAUUUGUUGGGGGGGGGGUAGGGGUAAUUUUGUUUCUCAUGGAUAAGAUGCAAGGCGGCUUUGGAGCCGUUAUUUUUAAAUUUUAAAAAGCUGUGUCCUCUACGCGAUGAUAUAUGGCUUACUAUUCACUUGACAUCUGAGAAUUUUCUAGGCUACGAGAUAUUUGUGUUUAUGAACGAGUGACAGAGUCUACAGUCAACAUUCUGUGUAUAUCACACUCCUUAUGAUCCGUCCAUUUUCUGAUAUAAUGUAUUAUUAUUAUUUAUUACCAGCUUAUUGUGGGUGGAUGGGGGGAUAAAGCUUACAAUUUGUUUUUGACAGACAAUAUUGGGGGGAGAUAUAAUCAGAUUAGGAGAAUGAAGUUGUAGAAUUUAAGGGGACACACUGCAGUGAAAAGACUUGACAGUGACUUCCGUUGCAUUGUAAUAAGUUUCAGUUGCCACAGUGUUUUCGCAGCAUGUUUUCUUUAUUCAGCAGUGCUAUGUUACACUAUGUACCUUCUGCUGCACUCUGCUAUGGCCUGUUUUGACAUUGAUGCCAGUAAAAAAUUGAAAGCAGACAGCAGCUAUGGCACCGUUUGGUUACGACAUAAGCCAACAACUCUGUUGGGGGGAGGGGGGUGGAAGAGUUUCUGCAUUUUUCUUGUCUCGCUUAUGACUUUCACAUUUAGACCCUCCGUUUGGGGACUAAUUGCUCCUUUUCAGCAGUUUCGUAAGAAGUUACACUGAAAUAAAAUUAGAAUGUGUGUCACUGGCAGGCUGAUAUUAUGCAACACAAGUCUCAACAUUUAGUAGCUUUCCUUUUUUUUUUUUUACUUUUGUCUAUUCUUAAAUUUAUUAUCAGUUCUCCAUCAUGAAUGUUUAAACUUGAAUAAAAAUUAAUGUGCACUCUUUUUAAAAGUACAUCUGGCUUAUUAACAAUACGAUACCUUAAGCCUUAAACCUUGCAAAUGAAAGGUGACAAAGAAUAACCGAACAGGCUUUUAUUUUAUUUUUAUUGUGUUUAUUAUGCUCCAUUUUUGUGAUUAAAAAUAAAACUGUGAUAUCAUUGGAAAA